AUGAGGAGACCGGAAGCUUCAAGGAACACCCCGUGGCUCAAUAUAGAUGGUGAGAAAGAAAUGUGUGGUGACAUGCAGGUGUGUCUUUGGGACACAAGUAUCCUGAUGAGUGAAGGUGCUGUGCUUCCAGCGAGCUCCGCUUCUUGCUCUGAAGAAGAUGGUGGGGUUUCCUGUUCUGCUGGCUUUCUCCUCCCUCUCCUCCUUCUCCAGGUACCCACCUGGUGCUCAGCAGCUCCUGGGUUUUCUGAGAAGGGACCACCUGAACCUAUCAUGGUCCUGCUAAGGGCAGAUGCCACUCUGCCCUGCCAGCUGUCCCCUGAGCAGAGUACAGCCCACAUGCACAUACGGUGGUACUGAGCCCAGCUGUCCCCCGCUGUGCUUGUGUACCAGAACGGACAGGAACAAGGUGGAGAGCAAAUGCUGGAGUACCGUGGCAGGACAGAGUUGGUGGCAGACUCCGUCUGCAAGGGGGCCGUGGCCCUGCUGAUCCACCAUAUCCAUGACAAUGACCAGUACCAUUGUCAUUUUAAAAAUGGUCACAUCUCCCAGGAGGCCAUUGUGGAGCUAUAGAUUAUAGGCUUGGGCUCUGUCCCUCACACUCACAUGAUGGGGCCUGAGGAUGGCAGGAUUCGAGUGCUGUGCUCCUCAGGUGGCUGGUUCCCAAAACCCAGGUUGCAGUGGAGUGAUGUGGGGGGAGUGGAGCUCCCAUCCCUUUCCGAGCCUCAGACCCAAGAUGGAGAUGGGCUCUUCCACACGGAGGCAUCGCUUGUGGUCAUGGACUGUUCUCUAGAGGUGAUCUGCUCCAUCCAGAAUCCCCUCUCUGGGCAGGAGAAAGUGUCAACCAUCUUCCACCCAGACCCCUUCUUCCCCAAGAUGUCGCCGUGGAAGGCAGCCCUGGCUGGGACGCUCCCUGUGCUGGUGCUCCUCCCCAUCGGGAUCAGCUGCACUGGCUGGAGAGAACAUCAAGCCAAAGAGAGAGAAGUAGAGAAGAAGAAGAAAGAAUCUCAUGAAAGAGCAAAGAAUGAGAAAGAAAUGGCACUUAAUGCCAAAGAUAAUUUGGAAAGGUGAAAGAAAUUAUAUGCUGCAGAUUGGAAGAAAGCCCUGUCAUAUCCUGACUGGAGGAAGGAGCAGGUUGAGCUUAAUGAGCAUCAUAAAAAUUUUUGCCAGAACAAUUCUGACCCAGAAAGCAAAGAAAACUUGAGAGGCACGCCUCCUCCAGGCUCCGGCGCUCCACGCUCGGGUGUCUCCAUACAGGCCAUAGAGAACUCCAGGAACGGCAGCCCAGUGCAGCUUAAUAUGCUACUUGGAAUGGGUCAGUAUGGAGCUCCUGAAGAGCAGGCUAAAAUAGAUCCCCAGGUUUUUAUUCAAGGCUCCCAGGCGGCUUCCCGUGCCCUAAAAAUGGUCCUGGAAGCUAAAGUCCAGGGACCUGGCCCCUUUAUUAACAUUCGACAAGGGUUCAGGGAAGCUUAUUUAGACUUUGUUGACAGAUUACAGGAAGCAAUACAGAAGCAAGUUGAGAAUCUGGAUCUUCAGAGUUAG